GACACAAACAAAAAAGGUUCGAGAACAAAUUACAAAAAUUUCCACGUAGUGUCCACGUUGCAAACCUGUCAGUGUCUGGAUGAAAGAUCAGCAAAUUUCACUCUUUAAAAUUGAUAAAAGGAACAACGUGAAAGUGGAUGCAUAAAAGAGUCUUUGUUAAUCCGAUACAUCACUCUUGAAGGAACUUUAGGGGAUUAGUAUUCAAUGGCACUAUAAAUUACGAUGAAUGCUCAAAAUCAAGCCUCUACAGCCAGCAAAAUAUAUGCGGCUGUACUAUACGGUUCAGCGUCGUUUUUAAUUGUUAUUGUGAACAAGAACUUGUUGACAGGACACGGAUUUCCGUCCUUCCAGUUCGUUGGCCUAGGGCAGAUGUGUGCAAUAAUAGUUGUUCUAUUUUUUGCAAAGAGAUUGAAAAUAGUUACUUUUCCUGAUUGCUCUCUUUCAGUACUAUUUAAGGUAUGGCCAUUGCCUUUGAUAUAUGUUGGAAACCUUGUAUUUGGUUUGGGUAGUACAAAAGCGUUAAGUAUUCCAAUGAUGACAGUCCUGAGGCGUUUUAGCAUUUGGAUGACAAUGAUUGGUGAAAGGCUUCUUUUAAAAAAAACUGCUUCUUCUUCAAUACAAAUAACUAUUUUCAUGAUGAUUGGUGGAGCAAUUGUAGCUGCAAGUGAUGAUCUAUCCUUCAAUAUUGUUGGCUACAGUUACGUGUUAAUUAAUGACUUCUUUACAGCUGCUAAUGGUGUGGUGGUAAAACAAAAAUUGGAUGUUAAGGACUUGGGCAAAUAUGGUCUUCUGUAUUAUAAUGCAGUAUUGAUGUUAGUUCCAGCAAGUUUGAUUGCUUAUUAUACUGGUGAUAUAGAAAAGGCUAUGGAAUACGAUGAAUGGUUAAAUCCAUUUUUCUGUUUUCAAUUUCUACUUUCUUGUAUUAUGGGGUUCAUAUUGAUGUACUCAAUAGUCCUUUGCACCGCAGUUAACUCUGCUCUUACAACAACUGUAAUUGGGUGCUUAAAGAAUAUUCUUGUUGCCUAUAUUGGUAUGGUUGUUGGUGGGGAUUAUAAAUUCAGUAUUUGGAAUUUUAUUGGACUUAACAUCAGUAUUAUUGGUAGCAUUGCAUACUCUUACAUUGCAUUUACUGAGAAAGGGGCUAGUUCGUCUAAACUAAGUGAAACCAAACAGGGAAAUGAUAAUUCAACAAAGAGACACGCCACUGAUGUCUAGAAGACAUGGUCAUGGAGCACCCCAGUAAAAGUGAAAAAACACACACCACAUAUACCUACCACUGAAUGUGUUAUUAAUCCAGGAUCCUUCACUUUUCCUACGGUUGUUGAUGGAACAUUAAACAAUUUUUUAUCAAAAUUGUUACCACGUCAAGUAUAAACUGUUGCACUGAGAUGAAUACAUUGCGCUUUGUCAUUGACUGCACAUUGUGACAGAUUUCUAGGUUAACCUAAUUCGUAUACCAGCCAGCGUUGCCAUUAUCUUCGACAACGUUGCAGUAAUAAAGCAGAGAAUGCAUUUUUGUAAAAAUGUAAAUAAGGUUGCUUACUUUGAAUGUAUGAAUAAAUAAUAGCAAUAAAUUUCAAUAAAUAA